CGGAGGGUGGCUUGGGUGGUAGGAGGAGGAUCCCGGGAUAAACAAGCCUGACUAUCCUGCUGGAUGAGGGAAUAUGGCGGCUGUGGAUGUGCGGGACCCCCGGCCAGCAUUGCCCACUGAGCAGUAAGCGGUAUAUUCCAGAUUACAGAAGAGCUGUUACUGGAAAGGAAAUACAUGUUCAUGCGCCUCAUGAUGGAUUAACAGAGGUGGUGAUGUCAAAACAUCUGGGAAGACACCAUGAGCUCCAGCAUGCUGCAUUUUUGAAAAGAAGCCAGAAAAAAGCCUCCUAUGGAAAUAAUGUCCAGAUUUCACAAUUGUAUCGCCACAUUUGAGGGGGUGUUCCAGUCUAAAUGAAAGUUGCUGAUAUGUGUUCAAGAUGAGUGGAAUAGGAGAUAAUCCCUCGGACCCUUCCAGGGUGGAGCAGCGGAAGAGAAAGGAGAGUCCAGAUCAGCUUGGCCCAAGCCCCAAGAGGAGCACGGAGAAGCGAAACCGAGAGCAAGAGAACCGCUACAUUCAGGAGCUGGCAGAGCUGAUUUUCGCAAAUUUCAAUGAUAUUGACAACUUCAACUUUAAACCCGAUAAAUGUGCAAUCUUGAAGGAAACUGUGAAGCAAAUUCGGCAGAUCAAAGAGCAAGAUAAAACAGCUUCAAAUGAGGAUGAAGUUCAGAAAGCAGAUGUAUCCUCAACAGGCCAAAGUGUCAUAGACAAGGAUGCACUCGGCCCGAUGAUGCUGGAGGCCUUAGAUGGGUUCUUUUUUGUGGUGAACCAUGAAGGGAAUGUAGUGUUCGUCUCUGAGAAUGUGACUCAGUAUCUCCGGUACAACCAGGAAGAGUUAAUGAAUACCAGUGUAUAUAGCAUAUUACAUGUCGGAGACCACACUGAGUUCAUCAAAAACCUGCUGCCAAAGUCUUUAGUUAAUGGGGGACCUAGACGUAAUAGCCAUACCUUUAAUUGCCGUAUGCUGGUGAAGCCAAUAGCAGAGUGUGACGAGGAAACUCAUGACAGUCGGGAAACACACCAGAAAUAUGAAACUAUGCAGUGCUUUGCAGUAUCCCAACCAAAGUCCAUUAAGGAAGAAGGAGAAGAUUUACAGUCUUGCUUGAUAUGUGUGGCCAGAAGAGUUCCAUUGAAAGAAAGACCUCCACCUCCUCCCUCCGAAACAUUCUCAACUCGUCAGGACUUGCAAGGUAAAAUAACCUCGCUGGACACAAGCAACAUGAGAGCGAUAAUGAGACCAGGCUGGGAGGAUUUAGUGCGGCGCUGUAUUCAGAAAUUCCAUUCUCAUGAUGGAGAAUUGUCUCUCAGCAAAAGACAUCACCAAGAAGUUCUCAGGGUAGGGCUUGCUUUAAGUCCUAUAUACCGAUUUUCAUUGUCUGACGGCACGGUUGUCGCUGCCCAAACGAGGAGCAAGCUCAUCCGCUCUCAGAAUACAAAUGAACCUCAGCUUGUAAUAUCCAUUCACAUGCUUCAAAGAGAGCAGAAUAUAUGUGGAAUGAAUCAGGACAUGACUGGACAAAACAUGGGUAAGACGUUAGACCCUCUUUCCAGCAGCCCGGCUCAUCACGCAGCGUGCGGCGGGAACCCUGGUCAGGACAUGACCAUAAGUAGCAAUAUGAAUUACGCCAUAAAUGGCCCAAAGGAACAAAUGGGCUUGUCAUCUGGCAGAUAUGUUGGCUCGGGAGGGAUGAACCAUGUCUCCAGCAUGCAAGCUGCCACUCCUCAGGGUAAUAACUAUGCACUCAAAAUGAAUAGCCCUUCACAGGGAAGUCCUGGCCUGGGCCAGGGUCAGCCUAACUCUAUGCUUUCUCCAAGGCAUCGUGUAAGCCCGGGAGUGGCGGGAAGUCCUCGGCUGGCACCCAGUCAGUUUUCCCCUGCAGGAAGUUUGCAUUCGCCAGUUUGUAGUAGCACAGGAAAUAGCCAUAGUUUUGCCAAUAGCUCUUUGAAUGCACUUCAGGCUCUUAGUGAGGGCCACGGGGUUCCUCUUGCCCCACCCAUGGCAUCACCUGACCUGAAAAGCGGGAAUGUACAAAAUUCGCCUGGUAGCAUGAACCCGCCCCAGCUGAGAAAAAUGGGGAGUGUGGACGCUAAGGAAUCUUUCGGGCUUUAUGGGGAGCAGCCUGAGGCUGGAGCUGUGCAAGCAGAGACUAACUGCCGCCCAUCAGACCCGAAGGAUUGCGGUGACAGCAUGGCUCCUGGUGGGGACAAAAUGGAUGGGCCCAACAGACUGAUGGACAGCAAAAGCCAGACAAAACUAUUGCAGUUACUUACCACCAAAUCUGAUCAGAUGGAGCCCUCACCACUUAACCCUUUGGGAGAUACAAACAACAAAGACUCCUUGGGACACUUUGCAGCGAAUAGUAUGUCUGCCUCAGCACAUGGAACCUCACUGAAAGAGAAGCAUAAAAUUUUGCACAGACUUCUUCAGGACAGCAGCUCGCCUGUUGACCUGGCCAAGCUCACAGCAGAGGCCACUGGGAAAGAACUGAAUCAGGAGUCCAAUAGCACAGGCCCUGGCUCUGAUGUUGCUAUAAAGCAGGAACCAGUCAGCCCCAAAAAGAAAGAAAAUGCACUACUUCGUUACUUGUUGGAUAAGGAUGACAGCAAGGAUAAUCAAGCCGAUAUCACGCCCAAGCUGGAGCGCCUCGAGAACAACCCUGGGAACUGCACCAGGCCGGCAUCAGUAAAGAUUGAAAAAGAGGAGCCUGUAUUUUCAUCGGAUCAGCUUUUACCAACCAACUCAGAUUUGGACAACUUGGACGAAAUCCUGGACGAUUUACAGAACAGCCAGUUAAACCAGCUUUACAAUGACACGCGGCCUGAUGCGAACUCUGUCGAUAAACAGGCCAUCAUCAAUGACCUGAUGCAGAUCACUGGUGAUAACAGCGCAGCCCUACCUCCCGGCUUGCAGAGGCAGAGAGCUCUCCGGCUACAGCAGAGCAUGUUCAAUAAUCACCAUGCUGCACAGCUUCAACUUGGAAGACUUUUACCAAACCAGAACGUCCCGUUGGAGAUUGGCUUACAAAACCAGACCACUGCUGGAUCCUUUCAACCCAUGAGGAAUACCAGCCCCUUCUCUGCCAUGCCACCUUCUGGAAUGAUCAGCAGUCAGGGAAUGAUGGUCGGCCAAGGUGGAGUGGGCAACAGUAGUCCUGGAAUGAUGGGUGGAAAUGGUCCAAGGCCAGCUUUACAGUCGGCUGAGUGGGGUUCACAGAAGGCAAAUGCUGUGAGGGCAGGGUGUCCCGCAACUGGCAGUGCCAUGAACAGGCCAAUGCAGAGCAUGAUUCGCAGUCCAACCUCAAGUAUUUCAAUGAGGCCCACCAACCAGACCUGUCCCAGGCCAAUGAUGCAUUCCCCUGCUAUGAGUAUGGGAACUUCUGACCUAGACAUGAACCUGAGUGGACCACCAUAUACCCAGCCACAGGCGCCUCCUAACCAAACGGCUCCAUGGCCUGAUAGUAUUUUGCAUAUUGAUCAAACUUACAACAAUCAGGGCAGGCAGCAAUUCAGUUCAUCGGAAGACAUGCUUUGUCAACCCCGUUCAUCGGAGUCUCCAAACGAGGAGGGGAACCUCCUUGAUCAGCUUUAUAUGGCUUUGCGAAAUUUUGAUGGUUUGGAGGAGAUUGAUAGAGCUCUUGGAAUACCAGAACUAGUUAGUCAGAGUCAGACUGUUGAUCCAGAUUCAUUCGUUAGUCAAGAAUCAAACUUGAUCAUGGAUCAGAAAGCUUCUCUCUAUAACCACGCGUACACCACUCAAGGCCAGAUGGCUCAGAAUAGCUAUGCUCAAAUGCCGGAUCCAAACUUCCACCCUAUGGGACAGCGUCCUAACUAUGGAAUGCUACGCAUGCAAACCCGGCCCGGAUUGAGGCCCACUGGAAUGGUACAAAAUCAACCAAACCAGUUAAGGCUCCAGCUGCAGCACAGGCUCCAACAAGCACAGCAGAACCGGCAACCACUAAUGAAUCCUAUGAAUAACGUCUCCAACAUGAACAUGUCUAUGAGGCCAGGAGUACCAGCACAGAUGAGGGAGCAGGCGCCGAUCAAUGCACAAAUGAUGGCACAAAGGCAAAGGGAGAUCUUGAGUCAGCACUUAAGGCAAAGACAACUUCAACAACAGCAGCAGCAGCAGCAAGUGCAACACAGGGCCAUGAUGAUGAGAGGACAAGGACUGUCUAUGCCGCCAAACAUGGCUGCAGCCAUGUCAGGAUCAAUGAGCAGCCCUCGGAUACCACAAGGCAAUGCACAGCAGUUUCCAUUUCCUCCGAACUACGGUACUGGAAUUCCAUCCCCACCACCUUUCACCAGUCCUUUCUCCCCAGUGCCCCCCAGCUCUGGGUCACAGUCGCUGUCUCACAGCUCUUUGCAUGGCUCCCAGAUGAAUCUGGCUAACCAAGGGAUCAUGGGCAGUAUGGGAGGACAGUAUGGGCCUGUCUUGAAUCCCCCAGUUCAGCACAAUGCCUUCCAGUUUGCCAGCUCAGGAAUGAGCCAGCAGUCAGACCCUGGAUUCACUGGGGCAACUACCCCUCAAAGCCCAAUUAUGUCACCCAGAAUGGCCCAUACCCAGAGUCCCAUGAUGCAACAGUCACAAGCCAACCCAGCAUACCAGACAGCUGACAUGAAUGGAUGGGCACAGGCAAACAAUGGGGGAAACAGUAUGUUUUCACAACCAUCUCCACCACACUUUGGUCAACAAACCGGUGCAGGCAUGUAUAAUACCAAUAUGAACAUCAAUGUCUCUAUGUCAACCAGUGGAAAUGGCAUGAAUAGCAUGAAUCAGAUGGCUGGACAGAUCAAUAUGACUUCAGUGACCUCUGUGCCUACAUCAGGGCUGUCCUCUAUGGGUCCAGAGCAGGUUAAUGAUCCCACUCUGAGAGGAGGCAGCCUCUUUCCAAACCAGCUACCUGGAAUGGAUAUGAUUAAACAAGAAGGCGAUGCAUCAAGGAAAUACUGCUGACCCUGAAGAUGCUGGGGAUGUGCUGUCCUUCUGCUGACCAUCGUGAACCUUUCUCUGGUCUGGAAGAGUUUGGUCACCAUGGCAGUUCAUAUAGACUGGUGUGAGAUGCCAGCUUGCAGGCCCUUGUAGAGGUGACCUGACCUGCCUCCAGAUUCAAAGCUGAAGUUGUGUUUUCCGUGAUGCAGCCUCUUCACCAGGCAGUGUGGAGCUAGAAUACAGACCGGCGGCCCGUCUGUUCACUGCAUUCACCUUAGUGCGACUUAGUUUCCUGCUGUGGAGUCAUUAUGGACAGGCAAAUGUCAUUGGACUAUUUGAAAUGAAUGUAUUUAAUUGUAUGUAUUUAAGAAAAACUAUGCUUUUUGUUUUUCAUUUUCCUCUUUUUCUCAAGUUUUUGACACUGGUUUCUAACCUUAUAUUUCUUGGGCUUUUAGCCCAGUAGAUACUUUUGCUACCACAUGAAGGCUUUUUCCCCUCCUUUUUCCCCAUUUUGGAAAUGUAUAUUUUUUAUUUGUGGGUGGGAUGUUAUAAAUUUAUGGGUGAAAGCCAGGUUAUUACUAAAAUGCACCAGAGCAAAGCAUGAUUAAAUCAAGGCACUAUGGAUAAUUGUUCUGCACCGACACAAACUGGGUAUUUCAUGGAAGAAAAUGGUUUAAGUAGGCAGGUUUUAUUUUUGACUACUCUUUUAGGGGUUGAUAUUUUUCUGAGGCUAGUCAAUCGUAGCAGGGAGUGUACAAUGAUCUCUGAGGAACGUAUAUAUUCUAGAAAUUAUAUGUGGAACAGCCUUCUGCUGUUUAUCUCAGUGUUUUGCUGUGCAUAAUAAUGUAGCUGAAUGUGAAUUAUUUUUUUUUUCAUUGGAAGUGAUGGGGUGCAAAUACUUUUACACCUGUUUUGCAAAUCCUCUUAUCGUUUAUUAAAUGGUCACUAACUUUUCACAAAACUUUGCAUAAAUCAAUAAUACAAGCGGCCACAAGAAACUUUGUAAUAUGUUUUAUCAGUGAGAAAUGUCUAGUUCUCCUAUUAUCAGCCACCCACCCCCACUAAUGGCUUCUCACAUUAGAAAAAAAAUGCCUUUUUCCCCAUUCCGGAUGGAUCGUCUCUGCAGGUGAAUUAAAUUACAUAUGUCUGUGCAAGUCUAUGGAGUGGGGACGAGUAAGCAGUAACCGAGGAGAGAGACACAGACAAGCAGAUUGCACAGCUACAUAGGUUAUAGCUCAGCACAAGUGCUUUGUUCCCAAGCAUACAGGUCAGUUCUUCUCAGUAAUGUCCCCGUUAUCCUGGGGCUGCUUCUGAGUAAGAGAAAGUUAGGAAGCACAUUCUCCUCUACUUUCAAUGUGUGCAAUGGAUGGCAGCUUGUCUCCACCCACCAUGUCUGAGAGAACCGCAAGCCAGAUAUUCAGCAAGCACAGAGGAAUAUUGCUAAAAAAAAAAAAAAAAAGAUACAAGUACUAUUGACUAAUGCAAAAUGUGUUGAAAGCUCAGUGACUAUUUAAAGAACAAGCAUGUCGCUUCCAGUUGCUUUCUGUGAUGCCACUUCUACACACUGUUGAAAGAAAACUGAGGCCAAGAAGGGGUUAGUCCAUGUAUAGCCUCCUCAUCGUUCCUUCCCGCCACUGCUGAAAUAUUAACUUGCAAAGAAUCUUUAUGAAAUCCAACUUUUCCAAACUCUUCAGGUUUCAUUUUCCUAUAACAGGGUGGAUAUUUUUUUAUGGUACAUAAAACAUAGCUUCUGUGUAACCGAGCAAUAAUUUAAGUUGAAAAGUUUUUUUUUGUUUUUUUUUUAUUUGUAAAAGUUUUGUUUUGUAGGAAAAAAAAAAUGAAAAAAAAAUUGCAGUCAGUUGAAAAAAUUAAAUAAAAAGGUACUUCAGUAUUAAAUAGGUCAUUUCUGAACUGUGGCCGCUGCGUGGUUUUCGUGGUCACAUCGCUUUUGAUAGAACUAGUUUGUAGGCGUAACCCUUUCUAGAUUCAACGUCUUGCUUCAAAUUCUUUAUAAUCUGAGGUGUACUAGUCUAGAGCGCAUCAAGACAUUUUUGUAAAUUUUUAUCCCUAGAAAGGAGAACUGUUAUUAGAGGAGAACACCCUGUAAAUUACUUUGCACACUGUUGAUGAAGAACCCAUCAGGCUCUUGCACACAGCACCAUUUAUAUUUGGAUUGCUUCAAGUAGACCCUGGAGUUGGUAGUAAAAAUUGGUGAAAGUCCAAGCAGCCUUGUAACAUUUGUGCCCUCCUCCAGGUAAACAUAUAUAACAGGGGCACCAUCUGUUCAUUAGGUGUGUGUUCAUUGCACUAAACAGGUAUGGCCCUGAGUCACUAAGCCUUUUAAAUGUUUUUCAUCCUAUUAUGCAUUUAAGUGAUUGUCCCACAGUUUUUUUUUUUUAAGGAUCAGAACCGCAUUUGAAAAAAAUAAAAAAACAGAAGUGAUACCUUACUGACCCCCCAGCACUCCCAUUCCAGGCCUUCCCAGGUCUCUGCUGGUCUCUCUUGAUGCACAGGAAUUGACCCCUCAGCAAAUCACUGCUUACAUAGGUGUCCAGUCGUAGCGUUAACUGGCCCAGACGGCUGCAUACAUUAACUCCGCUCAUAAACGGAUGCACAAUUUUGAAUGUAAGACCUUCGGCUUUACCUGCAAAAUCAGAUGGCCGCAUUGGGCAGAGUUAUGUCUGCAUGCAGCCACCAGGGCAUGUAAACGUGGCCUCAGUGAUUGGCUGAGCAGUAAUGUUUUUUUGUUUGAUGUGAAGGGAACAAGAAGUAAAAACCAGUUGGGACCCAGGAAGCACGGAAAUGGAGCCGCAGAGGUUCUCUAAGAGAUCGCUUCUUUUAUUUUUCUUACUUUUUAUCACUUUGACCCUAUUUAAAAAAAAGAAAUUACCAGCUGAGCAACCCCUUUAAGAUGACACGAUCGUAUUCUGUACAAUAUCCAAUAAUUUUUUUUAUUAACUUUUAAGACUUUUUGUUUGGUCAUUGUUUUCCACGCAUAUGGUAAAGUUUCAUAAAAUGUACCUGCCACCCAGAGGGAAGAUAAUUUAAGGCUAAUGCAUUCUUAUGCACUAGUAAACUUUUCUAAAGGGGAUAACUUGGUGCAGCAACAAAGUUUAAAGGUUUUAUUUUAGGGAAUGUCUGCGCUCACAUACCAUUUUCUUUCAGUCUAAAUAGCUUCAUUAUUUUGCAUGGAUUAUUUUUAAUAGUGGUCAGAGAUGUGUUUUAAUACAAAGCACCAAAGUCCCUGCAUAAAACUGAAAAGAUUACAUUCUCGCAGCUACCACUAGAUGGAGCCUCGGAGCUGUAUAAAUUGUACAUUAAACACAAUAAUAAAACGGUCAGAGGUUGCUCCCUCUAGUGGAGGCCUCAGGCAUUUAAAUCUGUAAAGGGAUUUUGAAGACCCCUAUAAAUAUAUAGGAUUUUGAAUCUAUUAAAAAAAAAAAAUGGCUAUAAAAGUUGAAGAUUCAUUUUAUUCCCCUUCAACCUGCAGUGCCAGUAAUUUUGGUAGAAUUAUGGUUGUCCCCAAUGGUUGAAUUUUUUCCACACCUAAAACCACAAUUCCCUUCCCCCCCGUUGAUGGUGCUGUGCAUCUCCCAGUCCUGCUUGUUCAUAUGCUUUUACACACGUAUACCUCACUUGGCUAAUUCACAAAGAUAACCAUGUUCCUGUUUAGAACAACCAAGUACUGAAGUUUGAUAAUGCAGCAUGUCCAGGCAUGUGGUACUGCAAGAAUUGCACUUUUUGGACAUAAAUAUAAUGUAAAUUAUUGAUUUUUAUCUCCACCCCCGACUCCCAGUCCAUUUUCAGCAGAUCACGUUGCACACUAUACUGUUUUUGGCGCUGUAAAUCCACAUCCAAGCAGUUCCUUGUACAGGCCUGUUCUGUUACACAAUUAAAAUCUUUCUGGAAUUGUGUGGUCCGUAUUCAGUUUUUAUUCCAGCUGAAGUGUGGCCCCUAUCACUUCUUUCCUUCCUACAUGUAGGUUGCAUCCAUUUUAUUGAGCACCAGAUCAUAAUUUUACGUGUCGCAUUUGUGUAAUGCUAAGAA